AUGAUCCUAUGCAUUGCACCUCGCCAUAGACCUCAUAUGACACAUGGCAACAAAAUUUGUGCUUACACACCCAAUUUGCAGUCAGUAGAUUUGUCUUCCAAUUUGUUAGAGGGGCCUAUACCAACAGAGAUCUCUUUGAGCCUCUUCAGGUUGAGGUUGGGAGGCAAUUUAUUAAAUGGGACAGUCUCAUUUCGAUCAUAUGGAAGCCUUACCAAAUUGACCUAUUUGGAGCUGGAGGACAACAGUCUAACAGGCGAAAUACCUCCUGAAUUGGGAUUAUGCCGAAGUUUAGCUCUUUUGAAUUUAGCCCAGAAUGGGCUGACUGGGGUCUUGCCUGUACAAUUGGGUAAUCUUGCCAAUCUUCAAGUUUUAUACCUUCAGAAGAAUAAGUUGGUUGGAGUUAUCCCUCAUCAGUUUACACAGUUACAGAGUUUGCAGAGAAUGAAUUUCAGUUCAAAUUCAAUUGGUGGCUCAAUUCCUGCUUCAAUUUCCAAAUUGCAAAAUCUAACGAACUUGGACUUGCGACAUAAUAAUCUGAGUGGUCCAAUUCCCAUUUCCAUUCGCACUCUGAAUCUCCUAUUCGAACUUCAACUUGGAAAUAACCAACUCAGUGGAGAUGUUCCAGCAAUGCCAUCAUCAUUGCAGAUUGCUCUGAAUCUCAGCAACAAUUUAUUUGGCGGGCCUAUUCCCGUGUCGCUAUCUGGAUUGAUCGCAUUGGAGGUUUUGGAUCUUUCGAAUAACAAAUUUUCAGGCGUAAUCCCGAACUUCCUCACUGAAAUGGCAGGCUUAACGCAACUUGUACUUUCAAACAACCAACUUUCUGGAGAUAUUCCGAAGUUUAAACAAUAUGUUACGGUUGUGACAGAUGGAAAUAAGGGUCUAAACAAAGCAACUCAUGUUUCAACAGCAACUGCUGGUUCUAAACAUUCAAAGGGAUUAUCUAUUGGGAUGGUGAUUGCUGUUGCUUUUGUCAGUGGUUUUAUUCUCAGCUUCAUGAUCGUAAAGAUUAUUCCAUCUCUCAAUUAUUCCUGGGAUAGAACUAAAUUUGAGUGGAUCAUCAAUGAUGGCAUCCACAAACCUAGCUUUCACUUCUCCAAAGCCAUGAAAGAAGUUCACAGACAGGCCAAUAUCUUGUUGAAGAGCGAGUUCUAUACCUACUAUCAGGCAUCAAUGCCUUGGGGCAUGAACUAUUGCAUAAAAAAGCUAUAUUGGACUAGCAAGACACUCAGUUUGGUUAGUCCAGAAAAAUUUUCUCAGGAGGUAAAGCUACUCAAUCAGUUUAGCAAAUCAAACAUCAUGAUUCCUGUUGCUUAUGCUUUGACAGUUAAAGGUGCACUUCUAAUAUAUGAAUGCCCUCAACAUGGAACUCUCUUUGAUCUUCUCCAUGGAAGUGAUGAAAAUGUUCUAACUUGGGAAAUUCGUUACAACAUAGCUGUUUCAGUGUCCAAAGGCCUCGCUCAUCUACAUGGAUUUUAUGAUUCUACUUCUGCUCCAGUUGUGCUCCUUUGUCUUUCGACCAGAAGUAUCUUUAUGAGAUCACUUUCAGAGCCCUUAAUAGGAGAUGUUGAGCUCACUAAAGUUAUUGAUCCUUCAAAGAGCUUGGGGACUCUUUCAGUAGUGGCUGGAGCAGUGGGUUAUGUCCCUCCAGGUAAUGUUAUUCCCAUUUGGUUUGUUAAGAAGGAAAUUUUUGACUGUAUACCUGAGGGAAAAAGGUCAAGAAAAGAUCUCAUUUUCUAUAACCACAAAGCGAAUAUUUCAAUGUCAGAUUAA